GCUUACAUUCCCGUAAGUGUAUCCAUCGAACACGACUUAAACGAACGUUCCGAGAAUAAUAAUAGGUCAGUAUGGCCGGUACAGUUCUUCUGUUUCAUUUCCCACCUGGCGUGGAGUCGAUGGUGGUACGACAGGUGUUGGAAGCAAAGGAUGUGGCAUACGAGGACUCUGUGUUGAAUACCCUAAUUGACGAAGAUAUUGCUCCCUGGUACAUUGAGGAGCUUAACGAGAACGCCGAUGUGCCAACUCUUGUGCACGGCAAGAAAGUGAUUACAGAUGUCCACUACAUAUGCUCAUAUAUCGAGAAGAACUUCCCAGAGCCCUCCGUCGUUCCGACAGAUGCUACUCAGUCGGCUGAGAACACUGACUGGACAAAGCGAUGUCUCAGUAUGGCGAACUCAGUUCUCUAUCGGAAACAGUCUGGUGUGGCUCGUUAUAUGACGAUUGAUAAGCUGAUGCAAAGGUUAGGUACGGCUACACAGCAUAAGAAAGACAAUCCAGCGCUUGCAAGUACAUACGACAAUGUGAUCAAGAAGACUCAGCAACUGAUUAACGAUCUGGAAGACGAUAAUGUUUCGAGCCAGAAAAUGGAGGAACUCGAGGCAUUCCUAGAUGAACUGGAUCUUCACUUGAAACAAAAGCAGAACAUGGUUGGUGGUACAUUUACUUUGGCGGAUACCGCGUGCAUAGCGUUGUUGCGUCACUUGGAAGUGAGUCGGUUAUCUGGUUUGUGGGUUGAUGGAAAGAGACGCAACAUUGCGAGGUACUACCGUCGCCAAAAGGGCAGCCAUCCGUUUGGCGCGGCUAUUGAAGAGUAUCCGAUGACGUUGGAUCUUAUUCUGCCUUCCCUGGUAUCAACUGGAAAGCGAAUGCUGCAUAAAAAGCCAACUCAGACGGCACUGGUAGGUGUAGCGGCUGUACUUGGAAUCGGAUAUCUUCUCAGGGGGCCCAGUCCCAACGCACCUAUCAUGGUUUAUUUUUAGAACGCGGCAAUGUAGCUUAUCGGCGUGACCCUGAGGCGAGGGUAAUUAAAACGAAGGAAUAUCGCGUUCAACUCUAGCGCUCAUGGGACCUUGAAGAGGCUACAAAGCUUUCUUUUUUUUCGGAUGCAUGUAUGAUCUGCUUUGUACCUCGACUGGAUUAUAUUGAGACAUACACACCUGUUCUUCUGAGCCAUUCAUUAUUUACUAAACAGCUCAAAACAGCUCAGCUUGCACUGCGGGCCAGGCAAUAUUGCAAUCAGCAGUAGAAAGUGCAAAUAUAUGAACACGUGUGUGAGAGGAGCUCUUGAGCAUGUGCGCAG